AUUCUUCACUACUUCAGUAAGCAGUAACUUUAGCUUUGCUUUAUCAACAGUUGGUUUUUGUCUUUUUGGUUUUGGAUGACAUUUCUGAAAGGCAACAAUUGACAUUCUUGGAGGUCCCAGCAAGACCUAAUCAAACCUGCUGCAGACCUAGUCAUCCCCUCCACUCGAAAUCAGUGUGCUCAGCUGAGAUUCCUGCCGUCUUUUCAGGAGCUCUCUGCUCCCAAAGAUUUGUUGCUGUUUAAAUGUAGUUAAAUGUAUUUAUAUUGAUAAUCAUACUAGCAGUAAUAUUUACUGAGUAACCUAUGACAUGCCAGCUACUGUUCUAAAGGCUUUUCAUGCACUAUCUUUUUUUAAUCUACUCAACACCAGAGGUUUUCAUUGCUCUCAUUCUAAGGAUACUGCUAAAGAGAACUCUCUUCCUAUCCAUUUCCAUACGAUUUUACCAUCCUUUGCCAUCACCAUCUUAAGUGGAGACCAGAAUUUAAUAUCAGUAUAACUGGAAUUCUCCAACUGUAAACUCCAGUGUAAGCGUUUCAGUUGAACCAUCUGUUUCAUCUUCAAGCCAUUAUGAGCUCUAAGAAACGCAGGUCACAGAAGAUCCCAUUUGAUGUAAAGAGCAAUAUGAAAAUCAAGGACUAUUUUUCUCAGAUCCCCAAAGAAGAGCAGGAUAAUCCCAGUAUUUCUCAAGUGAAGGCAAAGUCUAGAAAAAGGCCAAGGGAUAUAACCAAUACCAGGGAUCAAAGAUUCAGUUCACCUAAGAAAAAUCAACAAGACCAGACCACUCCCAAAAAUAAGAUAAUUAACAUUACCUUGGAUGUAAAUGUCAGGAAAAACAAAAACAUGAACUAUGUGCUCACACAUAAUGAGAAGGAUAACUUACACACAGCACUCAACACUCUUAAUGCUGUCAAAAGAGAGAGAGAAACUCGGCCAGGCAAAGAAAUGCUGGUGUAUGGAAUAGAAGGAAUCAAAGGGUACAUAAAUCUUGGAAUGCCACUCAGUUGUUUUCCUAAAGAGAGCCACAUAGUAAUCAUGUUUUCCAAAAGUGAAAGUGAACAGAAAGAAGAUAACCGAGUGUUUGGACGACAUGACCACGAGUCUACUGACUGCGUUAAAUUUUACAUUCAGGCAGUUGGGAAGAGGAAAAGAAGGAUUGUGGAGUGCGGGGAACUUCACAAAGAAGGGAACAUACUCUGUGUCUAUGGUUUCAAAGGAGAAACCAUCAAGGAUGCUCUGUGCAAGGAUGGCAGAUUUCGUUCCUUUGUGGAAAAUGACAACUGGAAACUCAUUGGUAACCUGAACUCCAUCAUUGAAAGCUCCCAGCCAGUCAAUGAGUUAGAAGGCAAGAAAUUUCAGGUUGAGGUUGAGAUAAAAAGAAACCGUAAGGCAGCAGCUGCUCAGAAUUCUGAGUUCGAGAAAAGUAACACCCCUGUAUUGAAAAAAUACAUCGUGGAUGAGUACCCCAGUUUGGAAAUAGAAAGUAAAAGAAUCAGAAAAUAUAUCAAAGAAGAAGUGAAUAAAAGAAAGAAGAAAACUUCCUUAUACAAAUUGCAUAAAACAAACUUUGGAAAGUUGGCAAAAAACUCUAUUCCAGUUAAAGUAAUCAAACUUCUUUCAAAGCUUUCUGAGUCAGUUGGGUACAUAGUUUGGAAUAAUAAUGGAAAUUGUGGCUCUGCAACCUGCUUUGUGUUUUCAGGAUUGUUCAUUUUUACUUGUCGGCAUGUAAUAAAUGAUGUUGUGGGAAAAGGAGUAGAGCCAAGUAAAUGGGCAGACAUAAUUAGUCAAUCUGUAAAGGUGACAUUUAGUUAUGAAGAAUUCCCAGUGAAAGAAGAUAAUUGCUUUUCCAUUGAACCUUGGUUUGAGAUAUCUGAUAUAACUCUUGACUAUGCUGUCCUGAAACUGAAGGAAAGAGGACAAGAAGUACCUGUGGGACUAUAUAAUGGAAUUGCUUCUGCACCAUUUAAUGGGUUGAUAUAUAUUAUAGGGCAUCCACAAGGAGAAAGAAAGACUACUGAUGGGUGUGUUGUGAUCCCUCAGAGUGAACGAGAAAAGAAAUGUCAGGAAUAUAUGCAGACAGAAGUAGCAGGUUCUGGUUAUCCUGCACAGUACAUUCAUAUGUACACUCAAAGAAGUUUCCAGGAAAUGCUUCACAACCCUGAUUUAGUUACUUAUGACACCACUUUUUAUUGUGGGGCUUCUGGCUCCCCAAUUUUUGAUUCACAAGGUUCCCUGGUGGCUAUGCAUGCUGCUGGCAUCACUUGUAAGUACCAAGAUGGGGUUUUCAAUAUCAUUGAGUUUGGCUCUGCUAUGAGCUCCAUCCUCUCUGAUAUUAAGCAAAAACAUGAAUCAUGGUAUAAUGAACUAUGCAUUGUUCAGAAGGAUGUAGAAAUGUUGAGUCAGGAGAAUUGAGAACUAGUGAGGAUUCAGUCUAUUUACCAGUUUUAAGGGAAUUGCCUAAUGAAGAUGUUAUUCCAUAAGCAAUGAUGAUGGUUUUCUAACAUCCAAAAUGGUCAAUUUCAUGAAAAAAUCAUUGAUAUUAUAGACCAAGCAUUUUUCUAAGCCUAUGAAGAAAUUAGUUCUAACAACUUUAUGAAGUAGACUAUGACCCCUACUUUAAAGUCAAACAAUGUGAAGGAUGAUAAGAUUAAGUAACAAUCAGCCUUAUGACAAUAAUGUCACCUAACCAUUGAUCUUUUUCAUUUUACAUUUUUUUCUUCUAAAUUCACUUGCUUCAGAGCAGGAGCUAAAAAUCAUUUAUUGAAUUAUCUCUAGCAUUUGAUAUGUAGAAAGUAAGUGCUUAGAAAAAUGUCUGAGUCAACCAGUAAUAAAACUUGGGGAUGCAGUUAGUGAGAUAAAUACUUGGUUAGAAAUGAUAAAACCAAAAUCUUUUAGAAUUUUCAAAAUCUAAGACUCUCAGAAUAUAUGUCAUGAAAGUCAGAGGGUAAUGUCCAUUCUUCCAUAUUCAUAGGUUAUUAGGACAAGAGGCAUAUUCCAAAUGUCAUAUUACUUUAUUUAGAUUUCUUUUGCUUUUACCUACUGUGUUUUUUUUUUCUGUUUCAAGUUCUCAUCCAUUAUACAUGUUACAUUUAGCUAUCAUGUCUCCUUAGCUCCCCUUGGCUUAUGACUGUUUCUCAGACUUCUUAUUUUUGGUGACCUUGACAGUUAGGAAGAAUAUUCUCAGGCAUUUUAUAGAAUGUUGAAGUUUUUCUGAUGUUUUCCUGAUGAUUAUACCAAGUUGUGAGUUCUGGGGUGGAAGAUCACAAAACAAAGUAUUAUUUUCCCCAUGUCCCAUCAAUGGUUCAUACUAUCAACAUGAUAUGUCACUAUUGGUGUUGACCUUGAUUACCUGGUGAAGUGGUAUUAGUCAAGUUUCUCCACUGUGAAGUUACUGUUCUCCCUCUGCUUUAAAUAUGAUACUUUUUGGAAGGAAGUCACUAUGUGCAUCCCAUGUUUAAGGAGUGGAAAUGUAAUGUUUUCAUUCCUUACAUAAGGACUCAUGGAGUAUCUACAUAAUUAUUUGGGAUCCAUUAAUUUAUGUAAUCACUUAUGAAGGGUAUAUUUACACUUUGGGUUAUAAUCUAUUAUUACCUUACUUUGUUUUGUGCAAAUUGUUCUAGUUUUGGCCACAGGGAGUACUUUCAGUUGGUUCUUGUGCCAUUUUGACUAACUCCAAACAAUGUGUUUUGCUUGUUUUUUGAGCACUUUCUUUUGUUCUGGUAUUAUAAGAUGUGCUAUACUUCUGAUUUAUACUCUCUGACCAAGUUCCUCCUAUUCCAGAACCAGCCAUUUCUCCAAGGACCCAUGUUUACUCUCUGAGAAACCAAUAUCUGGACAGUAUAUGGUUUAGUGCUGUUAGGACGUUGUUUCAUUUGAGCUCUCUCAGAUGAUAGAGUGUCACAAUUUCUCAAAAUUUUACUUGGCCUUGGCAUCUGUUGUGCAUAUAAGUUCAGCUUUCUCAUACCAGGAGCAAAUCUUAGGCACCCUUGACAGUUUCUAUCUGUGCAACUCUUCCAGUUCCUUAUACAACUCAUAAAACUAUGGGUCUUAGCAAGUUUUCCACCUAGUGACCAUCUCCCUUUGGACAGCUAUAUUCAGCUUACUUAACUGACCUGUCAACACACAAACAAAACACAUGGACAUGCCACAGUAAUACCUCUCAGUCACAGUGCAGUCUUCUAGAACUCCUGCCUCCUUACUUUAAACACACUAAUUAAAAUUCUCCACAAUCAAUGUUUGCAAUGCACCUUGUACCCCAAUAAAGUCAUUAACCCAGAGUCUCUCUUUCUUUCCCCCUGAAUUCCUGAAUUUUAUUUGGGUCUGGCCUACAGAUAUGCCCUGUACCUCCCCACCUCAUGGUAGGGAUUGAAUCUAAGGCCUUGCAUGCUAAGCAUGCAUUCUACCACUGAGUAGCAUUCCCAGCCCUCAAGAUUUUUAAGUAAUAAAAUUUCCAUUUCCACCUGAGCCUCCUCUACCCAUCAGAGGGGUGCUUUCCAUCUUAAAGAUCCUAAAUUAAAAUACAAUAAAGAAAUUUGUCUACAUAUACUAACUUGAAAAUAAGCAUAUAAUAUUUGUAUACAUAGCAUCUGUAUCUACCAUGAGUUAAGGAGUGCUUACUGAUGUCUCCAACUCUCAUUCACAAGCAUAUCAAUCAUUUUAGCUUUGUCCCUUUUCUUAUCAACUGUGGGAAACGUGAUUCCUACCCUCCAUCAGUCAUUAACUUAAUUGUUUAAUCCCAGCACGUCUGUGUGUGAUACAUAUAGCAAUAAAUCAUAUACAUAAUACAUAAUUAUACAUUAUACAUAAUUAUGAAUUAUAUAUAAUAACAAAUUAUAUAGUAGCAAAAUUAUUAAACCAUACCUGGAUGGAAAACAACUUUUUAUCAAGUAGAAUACAGGGCUUAUGUGAAAUUUUUGUAGCUUUUAAUCUUACACACGCCAUUCCUACCCAAAGUUAUUUGGUUCAGAACCUUUUAUCCCUCGCCCUCUGGUGAGAUUGUUUCAUACAUUUGUAAUACAACUACACACAUAAUACAUUUAAAUUCUCUUGUCACAGCCUACAUUAAUUCUUUCUUUUGAUUCUUUCACCUCCUACAUGAUAUUUUAAAUU